AUGGGCAGUUGCAAUGGUCUUUUGCGUAUAGCAAAAUCCAAUGCCUCACCCUUAGCUAUCUCGCAUACCCCUUUUACUUAAUUUGUCUCUGAACACCUAACUAGAAUUAUUAGAGUGAGAGCACAUCUUAUUUCUACAUAGGUACGUCCUGGUUCUUGGUGUAUAUUUUCUUCUGUUUAAUUAUAUGAUCUUCUUCUUCUUCUUUGUAUGUAAUUGAUGGGAUUUUGGGGUAAGAUGUUCUGGUUUCGGAUUUUUGUGAUGGGCUGGGGAAAUAAGGAAAAGAGGAAUGAAAAGAUUGUAACGGAUUCAUCCGGAGAGGGAGCAGGGAGGUCUGUGAAGAGAUAUGCAGCUUUCUUUUGGUCAUUUCUGGUGAGCGCCGCCGGCGGGAUGAUGCUGGGAUGGUGGGAGUACGAGUUUCAUCCGUCCAACGGUCAACUGUGGAUGGUGCCUUGUGGUCUUAUUCUCUUCUUCACUCCGGUCUUCAUUUGUUUUGCCGUUCUUGUUUCCGACGCCUGUAGUACUUCGGAGGAUCCACGACGGCCGGUAAAACAAUCGGAAGAUUUGGUUCAAGACCCGGAGAGAGGAUGUUGAACAAAUCAACCAAGUAUCAAUCGCAAGUAGGUGAUUGCUUUGCCUUUUUAUGUUGAAUUUUCUCAAGAGUGAUUUUGCUAUAUAUAUCAAGUACCCAAAUCAAAAUUUCUGCUAAUAUAUGUAAUUAAUUUGCUUUUAUGUGAUUUAUGAGUGGGAAAAAAUUCUGCUCUUCAUU